CACAGCUGGGCUGCUGUGGGCCAUCGGCGCCGUCUGCUCCAGCGUCGUCAUGGCGGACCCACAAGGCACAGCGGGAAGCAACGAAACCGCUGUCCCUGCAGUCGCCACUGGUCCAGACAUCGCGACCCUAUUGUGCGCCCAACCAGUGCGCAGUUGUUGGCAUCGUCAGGAAGAAGUUGAGAUGGCUCUGGGUCUAGGUAAAGAGAGCUAUUAGCGUUUUUAUCAGGGCCUACGGGGGAGCGGUAGUGCGGCGACCAAGGGGAAAAGGGUACAAGACCAACUGGAGAAGGCUGACGUUUUCCGCGGCCAGGGGGCCACCAGGCCGCGCAGGGUUUGGUGGUUGGCUUUAAGGGGGAAGGACGCGACACGACCCAAGUUUGAGGACAGAGGAGAAGAUAACUUGUGCGUGCCGGCGCGGGGCGGUGCUGCAGAACUCGAAGGGACAACUGGAGAUACCAACCCGGCCGUUGGCGAGAUGACAGCACAGGAGGAGGUUGGGGGUGGUACAGCUACGCCAGAUGAACGAGAAGAAGCGCUUCCGGAAGAAACGAAACGGGGUGCCGCCCAGGGUGACAUGGACCUGGAGCGGCAGAGGGAAUCAGCAGACUCGAACAGUAGUAGCGACGAUGGGAGCGAGCCUUGAGCCUUGGUUGGGAGGAGCCUUUCGUAAAUCCUGGAGGCUUCGGUGGGUGGCUCGGUGGGUCGUCGGCCGCGACUAGAGGGCAAAGGCUGGCUGGCACUGAAAACUGUAGUCGGGGUGGGGCGUUAGAUCAACAGGGGUCAUGUGAUCCCGUUGCUAAUUUACGUGCGUUGAGUGACAUUAUCCUUGUGUCUGGUGUUCGCAAGGUGUCGUGUUGGUAUGUAAACGAAGUCGUCGAAUCGCUUUGUAUGUACGUGUUUUUUCUGGGACUGCCAAGAGGGGCGCAGGCGAUAAGAGGGAAACCAUGAGGUUUCGAAGUUUAUCAAACCCUGUUGACCCUUCACGUUUGUGCGCCCUCGUACGUCUAAUUAGGGUGGGGUGGGGGUGCUGUGAAAAAUGUAUUUCGAGAGGCGCCAAGAGUCGCUCGACUUGACUAUUUCUUUGUUUUGCUCUCGGGACUGUUAGGGAGGGGGAUGCAAGGUAACCACCCCACAAGCGGCGGAGCAGGAAAACAGACCGCACGUUCCUUAUGUUUUGUGUGUGUUGCACAUGAGACCCUGUGCCCAAUUUUUUGUAUUUUUUUGCGGAUUGAGUGUUUGUGUACAUCUGUUGUAGAUAUACGGAAGAAUGCCGAGUACCCACGGCAACCCUCCUGCGCUGGUGGCAGGGGGGCGAGGUUUUCGCUAGGGAGAGGAGGUGACAACAAAAAAAUAGGUCUCGCGGCACCGAAGCCAGAUUCGGAGGAAGGGACCGCCGGCUCUCUGUGUGGCUGCUAAUAGGGAGCCGUGUAUUUUUAGGCUAUACACUACAGAGGGAAAAAGUCGAUGUCGCGGGGCCUACGCGUGGUUUGUCUUGAUUUUGCCACCGAGAUAGAAUAAGAGGGCAUCCCCUCAUUCGACCAAC